AUGCCUCGAGUCGCUAUUAAUUAUAAUAAACAUUAUGAAAUAGAUCAAGAGACUCUUUGUUCUCGUUCAUUACAAUCAAUAACAAAAUUAUCUGAAAACAAAUAUAUGAACAAAAGAAAAUCUUCAUCUAAGAUUGCAAUUGUAAAACGAAAUCAUUGCAAAUAUUAUCGAUCUGAUCAACAAAUAAAUAAUAAUAAAAAUAAUAUUGAAACAUGUACGUUAAAUAAAUUAAUAAAUAAUUUUUUAUCUCGAAAACUAUUCUUACAUUUUACAGAUUUAAUCACUCGUAUGAAACCAUCAAUUAAUGUCUCAAAAGAUUCCAUUCAGAUUAAUAACAAUCAAUCACGUAAAUCUCGAUCAACAAUCACUAUUAUUAUCAAACCAUUCAUAUCAAGGGAAUAUUCUAAUCGUUGUCAUAAGCAAGAAAUUUCUCUCGAUAAAAAAUUAUCUUCAAAUAAACGGAAAUAUUCAUCAUCAUCAUCAUCAUUAAAAAGUAUAACUAAACGAAUAUCAACUUCAAUAUCACAUAAAACAUUAAAUAAAACAUAUCAUAAACAUCAAUUAUCUACAUUUAAAGAUAUAACACGACCAAUUCUUCCAAUAUCAACUGACAUAAAUCAUAAUGAAAAUAAAUCAUCAAAUAUUCUUCAUUCUGGAACACUUCUCAAUAUGUAUCGUAAUAAAAAACAAUAUAUGAAAGAAAAAUAA